AGGCGGGCCGGGGGCGAGCGUGAAAUCCGCAUCCGGGCUCUGCACCUUUUGUUCAGGGCUUGACUCCCGACUAAAAGACCUAGGAGGAUUUCUACCAUACUGUAGUACUUGUUGAAAAAUGGAUGAUGAUGAUUUUGGGGGAUUUGAGGCAGCAGAGAGCUAUGAGUGUGGAAAUGGUGACAAGCAGACUACAUCUCCUGCUAUUCCAUGGGCAGCAUUUCCUACAGAGUUUGAAGUCCAUAUAGCUCAGAAUGUUUCUCCUGAUGUUCUUCUGGAGCACUGUGUGCCUUCAUCCUUCCUGGAUCCUUCUGACUCAUUCACUUCAUCAAGUGAUAAUGUGGCAACAUCUAUUCAAACAGCCAACAAUGUGAUAAACUCAGCUGUUCUUGAAGAACAGAUUCAAGUAGAUAUUCCAGUUGCCUCUUUGAAUUUAACAGAAGAUAAGUCUUUAGUCACAUCAUCCAUUGCUACGGAUGAUGCUCAGACACAGAGAACAAAUGAAUCAAAGAGCUGCCUUCAACAAACUCUAGCAAAUCUAGAAAUCAAUCUUUGUGCUGCUGAAGAAGAAAAAUUAAAAAUUAAAAAGGAAUUAGAAUAUUUACUGGAAAAACAUAGUGUUCAAGAAAUGAAUUUCUUGAAGGAGAAAAAAGAAAAAGCUAUUUCACAUCAAGAUCAUUACAAGAUACUUCAGGAAAAGCAUAAGCAGGAGUUAGAAGAUAUGAGAAAAGCUGGACAUGAAGCCUUGAGUAUUAUUGUUGAAGAGUUCAAGUCAUUGCUACAGUGUACUGUUCAACAGCAAGAAGCAGCUACUGAAAAACAGUAUAUACUAGCAAUUGAAAAACAUUCUUACAAAUGUCAAGAGCUUCUUGAUGCUCAGCAUCAGAGGCUUCUUGACAUUUUAGAAGCAGAGAAGGCAGUCUUGUCAGAAAAGAUAGAAGAAGCUCUGAUGCAACAGUCACAGAAACAUAAGGAAGUGCUGGACAAAUGUUUGGAUGAAGAAAGGAAAAGAAGUAAGGAGGCUAUUGCAGCUGCUGCAAAGGCCGAAAAAGAAAUAGUACAGGAGGUUGUUCUGAAAGCUGUAGAGGAGGAAAGGAGAAAUAUGGAAAAGAUUCAUGAAGAAGAAAGAAAUAUGUGGAAAGCAGAACAUGAGAGACAUAACAAGAAGAUUGCCCAAGCUGUUUGGGAAGCAACGCAAGAGCAAAGAAAACAUAAUGAAGAAAUUAUCAAGAAAGCGUUAAUGGAGGAGCAAAAACGAAGUGAAAAGGCAAUCGAAGAAGCUGUUAAAAGGACAAGAGAGGAACUAAUGGAAUAUAUUAAGGAGCAGAAAAGGCUUGAUCAAGUUAUUCGUCAGAGAAAUCUGUCUAGUUUGGAACUUUUCCUCUCAUGUGCACAGAAACAAUUAAGCAGUUUAUUAAAUGAAGACCCAACCGCAACACAGGAAAAGAGAGACUGACAUUCUCUAUACCACUGAUACAGUAUGAUUUGUGAACUUGCAAAUCUCAGUUUAAAAAAUGGCAAAUGUCUUCAUUUGGGAGUGUAUCAUUGGUUCAAGAUUUCUCUGAAACUAUACUUGAGAGAAGUAUCUGUGUAUUCAGUUUCUUCUUUUAACGUGAAAAAUAGUUUUAAUUUACGAUUUAAUUUUAUUGUCUUUUCUAGUAGCCUGUGAUUGAAGCUCUAGGCAACUACAGCAAUGAUGAAAAAAUUCCCUUUCAUUUCUGGUUUAAAGGUGUUAUCAUAUCUUGAUGUAAUUUUUUAGUAUUUCUAAUUUUAAAAGAAACUGAAAAAAAAUUAAAUAUACACACAAGUCUAUCUUUAUUUCUCAAGUAUAUGCCCAAGUGCAUUGACUGAAAGGAGUGUGAGAAGCUUAUUAGCUCUUAUCACUUUGGAUGCAUAAGGGAAGAAUCCGUGUUGAAAGAUAAGAGCUUUGACAGUCAUUUCUUCAGACAUUUGUAAACAACUCCAGCUCUACUGACAGAAAAAAAUUAAAAACCAUGCAGUGCAUCAUGUUAGAAUAGUUCCAAACAUUACUGUAACCAAUGUCUGGUAUGUAUAAAUAGAAUACAUUCUGUUUUACAAAGCUCAGAGACCUCAGUUUCAGGAAUAAGAUAUACGUAAUUAUGUGAAUAUGCAUACUGCACUGCUGCAGUGGAAUUUCUGACAGAAUAAGGAGAGCGUCAUGCUGACCUCAGAUGUCAUUUUUAAACCCAUUGAAGGAAGUAGUAAUAAUGCCAGCUGACAAUGGGCUUUGGAUCAAGUCUGUGAAUGGGAAACUCCGUGCCUACACUCUAUUGAUUGUAGACCCGAAAUCUUAAGUUUUAAAGUUCUGAAUGAAAUGAUGCCUAGAAAUAUAAAUAAACUGAGAAUGAUACCUCUGAUGAUGAGCUUGUCAUCCAGUGGGGACCCAUGGGCAAUUCUUGUUAUUUUCUGGUGGUUGUGAUUUUUUAUUCCACUUUUUUUUUUUGUUUUUCCACUGGCAGUCACUUUUCAUAAAUUGCUUCCUUAUAGCUGUAAAUUCCAAAUAGUUUCCUAUGUGUUUGUUAAUAUGAAAUGUGUAUUGCAGACAGUUUGUUUUUGUUUAAAUCUUUUUCCGUGCUUACUUUUUGUAAUCAGACAAAAGUUUUUGCCUUCUGUAUGGCUGUGGGGUUUCACUGAAUAAGUAAAUGAUGCAGAUUUUAUUAGCUAAUGAUCUCUCCCUCCAAAUGUAUGAAAAUCCAGAUCUUUUUGAUUGACUGACCAGUUUCCUUUUCAUCUGGUAAGCCAAAAGAUAUUUGAGUGUUGAUGAGUCCAAACCAUCUUGUUUACCUAGGUGGAAUAAA